GGUAGUUGUUAGUUGCGUUUCAAUAAAGUUUCAAACGUCAAAAUUGACUUUUCUGUUGAAAAAUUUCCGUAAAAAUGCGUUUGCAAGCGCACAAUUCCGACUUCCUCCUCCCUUUGAACGAACUCAACACCAAAUUACUCGAAUUGGAGUUGACCGAAAGCUCCUCCCAUUGUUGCACUUGCAAAUUCAAGUUUCCCCUGCAAGCCACCAAAUCGCAAACCGAUUACAUCGAACGCUUUGUCCACAAGAGCACUUUGCGCAAAACCUCGAGUUACAACUCCCAUUCCCCGAAGAAGCAAAUCAAAAGCAAAAAAUGCAAAAAUAAGUACCACUCGCGAAUGGUGUCUUCGGACCCCCAAAUCGCGAAAACCCGCGACUUGGAGCUGAAAUCCGGGUGUUUGAAUCAAUUGGAGAGGGAUUUGGCCUUCAUCAAGGACCAGUUCUUGUGCGACUUGAACAAGAACAAGAGUUUUAUCACAAGUGUGAUAAAAGAGUUGCAAUUGAGCUACCAGAAUCUCCUCCAGAGGAACGAGGAGCAAGAGCGGGAAAUCGAGAUCCUGAAAAAUGAAAAUCGAAUCCUUUCAGUGAAUUUGGACAGCGAUUCGCAACUUUUGGCCUGUUUACAGGAUUCUGAAAGCGAAUUCGACUCGCUACCGCCCCCUCUCGUCGACCAAAUCGAGGAAAUCCGGGAGAAGUACCAGGAAAUCGCCUCACGACAGGACUCAAUCGAGUCGAAAUUGAGGACGUUUGAGGAGAAACCCCCCGUUAUUUUGUGCCCCCAGUCGAUCACCAUCAACCAGUCCGUCUACACGGUCGGAAAUACCACCAAUUUCGACGACUUGAUUCAAACGCUUUAUGACGAAAUUAAUAAAACGUGGACGCAGAACCAGGAGAUUCAAGACCGCUACAAGGAUCUUUGUUUACAGGAAAAACAAUCACAAAUUGAUGAUGAAUUCCAAGGUCGCACUGAUGUGGUGUGCCCCUAUUGCGCGGGUGUCCACGAUUAUAAAAGCGACUACGAACUGGAAUGCGUCUGCGAGCCGUGUGAAGAUUAAUGGGGGAAGGCCCCAAUAUCAGAAAAGUGACAUAACCUCACUCUUGAAUUUUGAAUUAACUUUUUUCCACAAAAAAACGCCACGUUAUGUAUUAACUAAUUAAAAAUUGGUUAAGGUGUGCAAAAAAACUUGUUUUUUUAUUAUAAG